ACGAACGGUCAGUGGAACGCGUUUUCGUUCUCUCCAGAUAACGUUCCCAACCAAACCUCGCUCUCUCUCUCUCUCUCUCUCUCAGAGUCUGGAACUGGUUCCAAAAUGGAGACAAUGGUGUCGAAUUCCACGGUUUCCACCGUCUUGUUCCGACGGCCAUUUGCAGCAUUUGCUCCGGUUCGUACAGUGGCCGCCGGCGGUACCUUGCGCAUCGCCAGUCUGCUCUCGCCUUCGCCGAAGAAGUUCUCGCUCCGGUUCCGGAGUCGACGACAGCUACGGUCAAGGCUUUGUUGUUCUUCUUCAAUACGCAGGAAAUCGUUAACUAUCUGCGGCGUUAUGGAGAUAGACGAGAGCCAGUUCUCGGACGUCGUGCUGAAUUCCGAUCUUCCGGUACUUGUCGAAUUCGUCGCCACCUGGUGCGGCCCUUGCCGUUUGAUCUCUCCCGCCAUUGAAUCGGUUGCACAAGAAUACAAAGAGAAGUUAAUUGUUGUCAAGAUUGACCAUGAUGUUAAUCCUCGACUGAUUGAGAAGUACAAAGUUUAUGGCUUGCCAACACUGAUUUUCUUCAAAAAUGGUCAAGAGGUGCCAGGAAGCAGGAGGGAAGGUGCAAUUACAAAGGUACAGCUUAAGGAGUAUGUUGAUGCCCUUUUGGAGUCCGUAUCUGUUACUUGAGAUCUCUUUCAUUUGUUACCAAAUGCAGUAUCAUUGAUAUUUGAUCAUCUAGACAAACUAGCAAAGUUUGGACUGGAGCCUUCACCUGUUUUAUUUUUUGUGUACAAUAUGGUAUGUAAUUCUGUAAUUCCAUUUGGUUUUUAUAGUCGAUCUGUUCGAUAUGUAAGUUCUUGGAUAUGAAGACAUCGACAAAUUUGUAUGAAAUAAGAUUACAAAGUUUGCUUGUC